UCUUUCCUCUUUCUCGACCCUUUGGUCUUCCCUUCUGUCUGUAAAGCCAGUCCACAAGCCUCUCUCUCUCUCUCUCUCUCUCUCUCUCUCUCUCUCUAUUCAGGCCUGCACGUACCAGGUUUCAAGCACCACCCAGCUCUCAUGUGAGUUUGUGUUUGGGUAUUGUUUAAGCACUGUGCUCCCUCGAUAACGGUGUAAAGACCCUCAAAAAACAGUCACCCCAGUCCCCACCCUGAUGUCACUGAAAUUUUCCUCACCUUAAUAAUCACAGAGAGAGAGAGAGAGAGAGAGAGAGAGAGAAUGGGCUCUCAACCGACCGGUGCUCCGCCGUUAACGGAGAUAGACGACCACUGGAGGCAGUUUGACAACUCCGUAAACGCGGUUUCGUUUGGGUUCGUUGCCACCGCCGUUCUCAUCUCCAUGUUCCUCGUCAUGGCCAUUUUCGAGAGGUUUCUCAGACCCACUUCGCCGGAGUCCUCGCCGUCCGGCCGCCGGUACAUCGGAGACGUCGAAUCCCAAAUGGGUUUCCAUGGGAAGCUUCGAUUUCCUUCCCCCAAAUCAUCUUCGAAUGCUAGAGAAGUUUCAGUGUUGAUGCCUGGAGAAGACAUUCCUACCUUCAUUGCAAAUCCAGCACCCGUCCCAUGCCCCCCAGAGCGCAUCGCAUGGCCUACCCAUCAACCAAAAGCAAACACAAGCUCAAGUUCAACCUGAAGGUACGAAGCUUUGAAAAUGCCUACUCUGUACAUCAACAACCAUUGGUUCUGGACACAACUCAACCGAAAGUCAUUGCAUUAUACUAUAUUGAAAAAUGAGAGUUGGCCAUUUGUAUGCCUGGGAAUCUGAAAGGUGGGAAUUUUUAAGCCUAAGCUCUUGAAUCUGUGUAUAUAGCACUCGGUCAAGACAGGCAUUACUGGCUUCUGUGUUUCUUCGUGGAGUCGACAUUGGUAAAUCGGGCAAUGCUUUGGACCUAUUGUCCUUGUAUUUCCGUCUGUUACACAGUCUUCGAACUCUUAAAAUGCAGAUCUUGAGGGACGGAUUCGGUUGUUUAUUGAAUCCAUUAUUGUAAAGCUGAGAACUAAUGAUUUAUUUCGGCUAGAUAGUAAAAAUGGGUUGCCUUUGUUUUCCAAUGGACCCAAACCUUUUUAAA